AUGGCCCAGUCGCCGAAGCUACCAGAAGAAAUAGACGUGGCCAUCAUUGGAUCUGGCAUCACAGGAUGUAGCGUGGCCUACACAUUGCUUCAUAAUUCUGAGAACUCUGGUCUACGUAUUUCCGUGCUUGAAGCCCGGAACGCUGUCAGUGGCGCAACCGGUCGGAACGGGGGCCACCUGGUUUCGGAUGCCGAUUCACACUUCGGAACCCUACUACAACUCUUCGGCAGCGAGGAAGCAACAAAGAUAUUCCAUUUCAGCGAAGCCAACAUUGCCCGCCUUAAGGAGCUGGUGGCAGAAUUAGAUCCCGCAGACCGUGACGCAGUGGAGCUCCGCAGUUUGGUUAUGACUGCUGGCAUUUCGAAUCAAGAAAUACUAGAUCGCGCGAAAGAAAGCAUAAGCUUGAUUGACGAGACUGUGCCAGAAAAAACCAUACGCUCGAAAACCAUCUCCAAGGAGCAAGCAGAGUCGAAAUAUUACUAUUCCAACAGCAUCGUGGGUGGUGUCGAACAACAUGGUGCUGCUGCGCUAUCACCGUAUCGACUGAUCACAGCGCUGUACAGCAAAUUGCUCCAAAAAUAUGAUGGUCGUUUCUCUCUUGAAACAAACACACCUGUGUCCUCGGUUACACAUCAGUUCGACCUAUCAUACCUUUAUACACUGAACACACCGAGAGGCAUGUUGCAAGCGAAGAAAGUAAUCCAUUGCACGAAUGGCUACUCGGCAUUCUUGUUGCCCAGCUUGGUCGGAAAGCUUUUCCCUUUCCGUGGCACUAUGUCUUGCCAGGAUCCUGGACUGUCUUUCCCUCGCAUGGGAUCGGAUGCCUCGUGGAAUUUACUCGAAAAGACCCGCUACGACCCCGACACCCGUGUCCUGACGGCUGGUCUGUACUAUGCACAGCAGAACUCCAAGACUGGUGACAUUUGGGUCGGUGGCGAGGUCCAGAAGGUCGACGAGCUGAUCUCGAGCGACGACUCGGUUGUGAGUCUCAGGGCCAGGGAAAACAUUCUCUCUGUUCUUCCCAGGAUUUGGAAGGACACGGAGCCGGGCGCCUCUCAGAUUUGGUCUGGAGUGAUGGGAUUCACGUCCGACGGCCUUCCGCUUGUGGGAAAUUUGAGCUCAAAAAUGACGGGGCGGACAGGGGACGGGGAGUGGAUUGCUGCUGGCUUCAACGGCCAUGGGAUGGACAAAUGCUGGCUGACUGGCGAGGCACUUGCACAGAUGGUUUUGCAAGGGACGACCCCGGAGUCCUUUCCCACGCCGUAUCUGUUGAGCGAAGAGCGAUUUGAUCGUCUGACAUCUGAAGCCGCCGUGGAGUUCCUGUUCGGAGAUGUCGAGAUACAAGCAAACUUGCGAACUUGA